AUGGAAACUGCAACGAAUCUUGAUGUCAGCGAUGCGCCCAUCGAUUACGACCCCGCAUCCCCCUCCGCCACUUCCACUUUUGCCUUGUUUCCUCCACCAACUCUGAUCCGAUCCCUCUCUUCUCCUCAACAUCUCCACUCCAACAGCCUCGCUGGUCCAAGCCAGCACACAAAGUCGAGACCCAGUUCGCCAACUUCUACAAGGUCCGCCAGAUCAUACGCGACUUUCAGUCCUUCCAGAGUUGCUGGAGCAGCAGGAGCGCCAAGGAGUGUGAAGGGAAGCAGCGCGACGGGGACGGGAAAGGCCCAAGUGGGCUUGUCGGACGAGUUGGCGGGGGGCGUCUCUACGCUUCUUUCUGCAUUGCCAACAGGAGAGAAGGGUGAGGCGAGUCUGAAUGGCCGUAGCAAGGGAAAGGGUAAAGGUAAAGAAAAUGCAGAAGAUGCGACGGGACAAGUUGCGGCAGAGGCGACGGAGAGCCACGGGGAUGGAACGGAUGUUGAAAAGGAGGAGGGUCACAAAAGACCCGACGUGCUCAAGUCGAGAUUGAUGAGCGCUAUUCGCGCAGACCUAUCCGCUUCUGCCUCAGAAGCGCCGGGCUCGGAAGAGGCAGAAAGUGCGAUAGAGGCACAGAGCAAAGAUGAGGAGGCAAAAGGGUCGGCAGGGACGAGCGGCAAGCAAGGACUUGCUGAGACGCUCGAUCAUCAAGCUGCAUCUCGGUCCCAUGGCGAGGUUGGUACAGAGGGUAAAGGUAACAAGACCGCCAUGGAUCAGUACUCGAUCGAUGCAGCCGGCCAAAAGAGUUUUGAGAAAACCCAGUCGACAUCGACGUCGAGCCUUGCCUCUGGCUCUGCCUCAGACCCUAGCUCGGGAUGGAGAUGGAGCAUACCUAGCAUGCCAGGACUGUCCACCCUGCGCAGUGGAGCAGAUCUGAGCGGGCUAGCAUCUGGCAUAAGCGGAUCUUCCCUCUCUGCCUCGGGCUUCGUGAGGGGCAGAUGGUGGGGACAGUCAUCGACCGAUCAGUCUAAAACAAAGCCGGGUCAGAAUGAGGAUCAGGGUGCGAGACCUGGGUCCAGGGAGACGUCGCAGAGGAAAGGUGGGACAUCUGUCGAGGCGUCGACUAGCAACAGCAGCCCGCGUAACUUCGAAAAUACUCAGACGAAGAUGCAGUCUACCCCUGCUUCUGCCCAUGCUUCGAACUUGCCCAGGGGCUCUUUUCCAGUCCCUGUCUCGUCCAAAUCGAAUCGCUCGAGCAGAUCUGGGCCUGGCACGACGAAAGGCAAGGCGGAUCACCAGAGCAGCAACAAGCCUGCAAGUUCGGUGCAAGAAGAGGAAACAGCGGAACAGAAGAGGUUGCAGUUGGAAGCGCAGAAGAGGGAAAAUAUACGCGCAAAGGAGGAGAGGUUUAGGAAUAUUAUCGAGCAUGACUACUCUGAAGCGUAUGCAUCAGGAGCGACGCAAGCAGAUACCGACCCGCAGAGUGCUCGAGCGGCUUUUCCUGAGCGCGAAUAUUAUGUACUGAGCGCUGCUGGUAAGCCAAUCUACGUAAGCGCUCUCUCUUGUGCGCGAGCCAGACGGAGCGCUUGUGUCAUUGCGCUGCGCAAGAAGCUCGCGGCCGAGUCUACGGCGAGGCGGCAAGAGAGGUUGGAGAAGGGAGAAGCCCCGGAGAAUGGUGACGUGGAUGAGGAAGAGGACGAAAGGAAGGUGGAUGAGCUCAGAGGUCGCAAUAGAGAAGUGGACGAUGAGGAGGAUGAGCGGGCAACGCAGAAGUGCGCCAUCCUCCAAGCUCUCGUCUCCAAUUAUCAAGAAGCGGCAGAGGGAACGCUGGAGCUAAAGUCUCGCGAAAUACUCAGAUUAAAAGAGAGGGAGCAAAUCACGUAUCUCUUGAGAUCGCCAUUGUACUUGGUAUGCGUUUCUGCUUGGGGAGAAGGGCAAGAGACGCGCAGAAUGCACUUGGAGCACCUUCAUCGGGGCGUCAUCGGGCUUGUCUCUGCGGCGCAGCUCAAGCGACUCUUUGCGCGCGCCGCCAAUUUCGACUUGAGGAGAAUGUUGGAGGGUACGGAUGGGCUUUUGGAUGCGCUGAUUGGUCGUAUGCAGGUGGACGUGUCUAUUCCCCUCGGAGCUUUGCAACCGCUGAGAUUGUCAGCUUCUACCAGGGACGACGUGGCCAAUCGCUUGGUGCCCGACAAAAAGUCAAAACCUGAUCAGUUGCUCUACAUAAUCUUGCUGGCAAAGGAAAAGAUCAUCACCAUUGCUCGACCCAAACAACACUCGGUGCACCCCGUUGACUCGGCCAUCAUUGUCAACACCGUCUACGGUACCAAAGCGCUGCGGGAAAGCGGUUCUGAAAGCUGGAUCCCCAUUUGUCUACCCAAGUUUGCGCCCGAGGGUUUCCUGCACGCGCACGUGUCCUUCCUAGAUGCGUCCGAAGAAGACUUGGACGAAGACGGCACAAGCAUCGCAUCGAAGCGAUCCGUCAAGGCGAGAACUCCACAACUAGCUCUGGUCAUGAUCACGGCCGACCGUGAAGGUUUCCUUUCGCUCUCUUCGUGGCGCAACAAGGUGCUGCAAUCUCUGAAAGAGACUUCUUUGCUCAACAGUCUUGUGAGCGCCUUGCCGCACGAGAGCUACUCGGCAGACGAUCUGCCAGCAGCUGCUGGACUUCGACACUUUUUCUUCAAGUGGAGAGCAAACUUUCAGAUCACCGCUUGUCGCUUCGAAGAUCCUUAUGUGGUCGGAAGCGAUGAGCACAAGAGGUUGAUUUUGCUCUAUACCAAAGCUUGGGAAAUGUUGCAUCCUGCUUCUGCUGCUGUUAAAAGGAAGAAGGCAAAGGCAGGGAAUGGAGGCAAAGUCACAGAGCACAAAGACGAUGAGCAUGUGCCGGGCGACCCAGAAGCAGACGCGUCGAGCACUACAGGACCAGUCAGCGCGGUGUCUGCAGCGUCGGAACCGACCAAAUCAGAAAGAUACGUUCCUCCAAGCGUCUUACCUGUCCGUCCCACUCCCCCUCGCCCCUCGCAACAGCAACACCAACAGCAUCUGCUCAAGGGUACAAAGGAGAUCGUCUACGCAUGGCAAACGCCCACCUUCGAACUCUACCUGACCGCUUCGCCUCACAUAUCCAAAUCCGCCCUCGUGGCGCUCGCUAAUUCGGUGGUGAGGUGGGUGAAGAGGAACGAGACGAAUUGCUUCAUCAUCACUUCGCCCACCUUCUGA